UGGAGCGUACCAAGAGCGGGUGUUUCCUCCAUGUAGACCACGGGGCGGUUUCAGCAUCUCCAUCUCCGACACCGUCAGUACUGUUCUGCCUAUUUUUUAUUUACGCUUAUUUAUAUUCAGGGUUUUUGGUGUUUUUCCAGAAGAGGUCAUUUUUUUGUGAUAAAGAGACAUUUUCGAAUGAACACACCCCUAUUUUCUUAAUAAUAAUUCCUACCGACCUGUCUAUGUGACAGGCGCUUGAAAGCCAGAGAAUAAAUAUUUGAAUAAAAGCAUUCUCAUAUUCAGAUUUUUAUUUUCCUGCGAUUAAAAAUAUGUCAGUCACAUUUUCAUCAACAAGGCCGAGAGGAAAAGGUGAAGUGACCCAGCAGACCAUACAGAAGAUGCUGGAUGAAAAUCACUAUCUGAUUCAGUGCAUUAUGGACUACCAGAGCAAAGGAAAGACUGCAGAGUGCACACAGUAUCAGCAGAUUUUACACAGAAACCUGGUUUACUUGGCCACAAUCGCAGACUCCAACCAAAACAUGCAGUCCCUCUUACCCGCGCCGCCGAACCCCGGGAUGAGUAUGGGUGGAGGUGGGAUGGGAGGGAGCAGUGCAGGAGGAUCUCUACACUCUCAGAGUAAUCUUAAUGACAGCAUGGCUCCUUCCUCACUAAUGCAGAGUCAGAUGAGUAACGGCCCAAGUCACACCCCCAUGCAGCAGCAGCAGCAGUCCGGCCCUUCCACCGCGUCCAUGGGCUCCGGGUCGAGCUUCACUCACUCAGUGCCCUCAUCCUCAUCGUCACAGGGCACAGCACUGUACCCGCCCUCCCGCACCAACCUCAACAUACAGAACAGCCAAGUCUCUAUGAUGCAUCAGCAAGGUUCAGGACCCCAUUACUCCUCUUCUGGAGGUCAGCACUAUCAGGGGCAGCAAACCAUGGGCAUGAUGGGACAGAGUAAUCAAGGCAACAGUAUGGUAUCACAAAGGCCAAUUGGAAGCUAUCGUCCUGCUCAGCAAGGAUCGCAGUACAUGGGUCAGGAGGAGUUCUACGGAGAGCAGUACGGACACACUCCGAGCUCCAGCGAGCCUAUAAACCAGCAGUAUUACCCUGAUGGUCACAGUGAGUACUCAUAUCAGCAGCCUUCUUAUGGGGAGCAGAGUUAUGAGAGGUCAUUUGAAGACUCAUCACAACACUAUUAUGAAGGCGGGAACCCUCAGUAUAGCCAACAGCAGUCACAAUAUCAGCAGAGCUCAGGUCAGCAGCAGCCAUUCAACCAACAGCAGUACCAAUCACAGCCAGGAUACAGCAGCCAAGGACAGGGUUACGGUCCAGGACAGGGAGGUCCAUCUCAGUACUCUCAGUAUCAGCAGGGUCAGAGUCAGCAGUAUUCCUCAUAUCGAUCCACACAAUCUACUCCUGGCUCUCAAACACAGAGAUCGUACACUUAUGAACAGGGUCAAUAUGGAAACUACCAGCAGUAAAGAUACUCCGCCAAAUCGACUAUUCGUAAAACCAAUCAAAUGAACAGGAUCGCAUAUACUGUGUUCUUAAGCUGACCAUUGUGUCGUGCUGACCAGUGAGAAAAUUGGCUUGUUCAAAAAUAAUUCAGCUUCCAUCUUCUUAUGCAGACUGAGAUUGGAAACCACUCUCACUGUCUGUCUGUUUAACAGUUUAAUAUCCUGGCUACUUUCUUUCACCUACCUCCUCUUCAGUUCUCACAGGGAUUUAGAGCUUAUAUCUCUGUACAGAGAUAAGGUAUAUAUCAGACAAAACAAAACAGACUAACAAUACAAAUUCUACUGAAUAAUUUCAGCAUCUGUUUAUAUAAAGUGUGUAAAAUAAGUGUGUUUUAACAUUCCUAGUGUCCAUCAGAUGGAGUUAUGUGUUAUGGUGUAAAGGUGCAGGAGUUUGCUAGUUUCACGUACUGUUAACAAGACCUCAGUAUGUUUUUUUCUAAUUUUUCUCUAUUUAAUUCUUUCUAUUUUUAUAGCCGUUUUUACAGUUUUCAAAAGAAGCAGUUUAAGAAGGGGUACGAAACCCAAGAUUCUCCAGCAAAUAGCAGCGAUCUCCAACAAGCACGCAACAUUCACAACCACACACCAACCUCCACGAAACACCAGUAUUCUACAACAAGCACCGUCAUUCACCAUCCAAUACCAUUAAAUGGCAACAAUUCAACAGUAGUCAUCAAACACCAAUAUUCACCAUCCAACAAUCCUAAAACACCAACAUUCUUCAUCAAACACCAUUAAACGCCAAUAUUCACCAUCCAACAAUCAUUAAACACCAACAAUCACCAAUAUUCUUCGUCAGAAAUCGAUAUUCACCACCCAAUAGCAUAAAACACCAACAUUUAACAUGCAACACCUUAAACACCAACAUUUUUCAUUAAACACCAAUAUUCACCAUCCAACACCAUUAAACACCACCAUUCACCAAUAUUCCUAAUGAAACACCAACAUCCAACACUGUAAAAACACCAAUAUUAUUCAUUAAACACCAACAUUCACCAACAUAUAUUAACUUUCUAUCCCUCGCAACAACAACAGUUUAUUUGUUGGCAUCUGAAGUGAAUGUUCAGGUUAUCUAUAGAAAUUCUGUAAUUUUUCUAACUGAUUUGUUAUGAUAUAUUUGCUAUAUUGUGCACUCUAAGUUCGAUUUUAUUGUCUCUGUUCCAUCUGUACAUAAACUGUGAAGAAGUGUGAAAAUAUGGAAGAAUUAUAUCAUAGUUAAAUUGAUUUAUCACUCAAUUACUCACUCAUAUAUGUGCUUUAUAUGUACAUUAUUGCUGAUUUUGUGUUCUUUUGUGUAUUGUUCAUAUUUUAUACAAAGUAUUCACUCAUCAUAGUAGCCCAUAACAAGGCAUGUGCCAAUAUAAAACUUUUAUAACAAAGUAAUCAUUCCAAUAUAUAAAAGUUUCUCUAAUAACACCUUACACAGGGACUUGUAUAGUGGACACGCCACAUAAACAGAUGAUAUGGUAAAGUUUUCUGUGAGGACACGUUUAUUUAGUAUUUUUGGAAGGAGUCUCCGUUGUCAGCACUUUGUAACAGUCAGAGGUAAAGUUGUAUCUUUUAGUUUUUAGGCACGGGAAAGUCUUCAGUGCAGAGAUCUAUGUGGUUUCUCUGUAACAAGCUGCAUUUUUUUGUUUUGUUUUGUUAACUUCAAGAGAGAGAAAAAAGAGAGGCUGGUGAGGAAACUACUCUUUAUAGCUGCUAUAGCAUAAAUCAUGGUCAUUCCACAACAUAAAUGUUGCUAUAAAUGAAUAAAAUUAUGACAUGUCAUACUUUAAUAAACAAAAAUUGUUAGCACCGGCAAACUGCUGUGGUAUGCGAGAAAUAAAACGCUUUGGGAUGUGCAGUUAUUGGACAAUAGUCAACUUUGGGGUGGUAGCAGUAACUCCGCUUCAUUACACCACCCCGUUGUUGAUUAUGCUCCUAUAACAGCAUGUCCCUGAAUGUUUUAUUCCUUACUUAUCAGCACAUGACUACCUGCAACCAGAUAAAUAAUUUUGUCUGUCUAUUUACAAACCUUCAUAUUAUUUUUAUUUGGUUGUUUUUCCAGAACUAGCAGGGUUAAUUUACUUUGCACCUUAUUUUAAUUUUGUUGAAUGAAUGAACAUAUUUAUCAGACCUGGACAUUCAACCUCUCCUUUAGCAUGACCUCAUAUGACAUAUUUCUAACCGUAUGUCAGUCAUUUGUUGCAGUUUUUUGUUUGUUUUUAAAUUUUUAUCCGUAUAUUUUGACAUUUUAACUGUAAUUUUUUUUUUAUUGCUUGCUGAAUUCCAGGAACACAGAAGAUUAAAUCUGUGACCAAUUAUAGCCAAAGCUUACAACCUGUAUGUUUUAUAUUUUGUAGAUAUUUUGAAUUAAACAUUCUUUUUCAAUGUACUUUCAUUUUAUGAAUGUAAUGUUUAUUUAUAUACAGGUUCAGGGUGUUUUCAGUGUAAUGUGAUCAGUCUGAUUUUAGUCCAGCUUCAGUCUUACUUAUAUAAGGGAGACUAAUGUUUGUUUAAAAGAUUUUAUAUCUAUUUUUUAUUUAUAUUCUUCUUUAGCCUUGUUAGUUUCCUAACUGAUGGACAUGAAAUGAUUUUUUGUGGUGUUUUCCAUUGAUCCAAUUAUAUAGCCAUUUCAUUUACAUUUCUUGUAAUAACAAUUUCAUAUUAAUAUUAACUAAUGCAGGGAUAAUUGCAGGUUACUCAUGUUACAUAUGUAUUAAUUUCCACAUUUAAACUUUUUUUUUUCAGAGAUAUGAAUGUACCACUCGUUACUUAUCAUUUGACAAAAUACAUUUUGACAACUAAACUGUACUUGUAAUAUAUGUAUGGUCUGCUUUUGUUACAGUUUGGUAGAAAAAGAAAAUAAAAUGAGCUUUUGGCUUAAGGAAUUGAAUAAUGUUACACUAUAUGGCCAAAGGUAUGUGGGCACUUGACCAUUGAACAUAACAUUGCAAAACCAUGAGAGAUAAUAUUGAUUUAGUCCCCCUUUGCUGCUAUAACAGCCUUCACUCUUCUGGAAAGGCUUUGAACUAGAGUUUGGACUGUGGCUGUGGGGAUUUGUCCCUUCAGCCACAAGAGGUUGGUCACUGAUGUCCAGCAAGAAGGCCUGGUGUGAAGUUGGUGUUGUAGUUUGUCACAAAGGUGUUCAGUGGGGUUGAGGUCAGGGCUCUGUGCAGGACACUCGAGUUCUUCCACUCCAACCUUGGCAAACCAUGUCUUCAUGGAGCUUGCUUUGUGCACAGGGGCAUUGUCAUGGAGGAACAGGUUUGGGCAUCUUAGUUCCAGUGAAGGGAAAUUGUAAAUCUAGAGCAUACAAAGACAUUCUAUACAAUUGUGUUUCCAGCUUUUUGUCAACAGUUUGGAGAAGACCCUCAAAUGGGUGUGAUGGUCAGGUGUCCACAUACUUUUGGCCAUAUAGUGUAUCACAAGUAGUGAUUAAAAAACACU